UGAAUAAUUGCAUUUUUGCAAAUUGCCCUUGCAAAAUGGCUCAAGUACAAGCUGGAGUUAGAUCUAUGAUAAUGCUACUCCUAGUGCUGGUUACUGUCUUUUCAGUGUCUGGUCAGCCAAGUUCACCAGCCAAAAAGCCUUCAACGUCGGUGGUAACUAAUUCUACAGCAGUUGAGCCUACAGCAGUCCAAACAUCUCCAGCUCCAACUUCAUCAUCAUCAUAUUUUGUUGAAACCUCAACAUUCUUUCUAUCAUCCACUCCUACUGGCACUCCUGCUCCAGAAUGUCCUAGUCAAAUGGAUCCAAUUUGGAGAUUGCCUUGGCCUAGGACAGCUCGAAACACUACUGCAGUCAUUCCUUGUCCACCACACUUACAUGGUCAUGCUCGAAGACGUUGCACUAUUUUUGGUUUCUGGAAACUACCAAAUGUGAGUAAUUGUUAUGGCGGCAGCAUUGGGAAUGUUGGGUUACAGGCUGGUAGCUUUUUUGGCAAUAACAACCAGACUGAUGUUGAUGGUGCUUUAUACUUGGUUAACCAAUUGAACAACUUGACACGGCCAAGGAUGCCAAUUCCUCCUGAUGAACUAAACACACUCAAUUAUGUUGUUGGGCAAACAGUAGCUUUACUGAGGCGGCAAGGAGGCCCAGGAGCAAGCCAAGCAAUGGAUUUGUUUGAUGCAUUUAAUAAUGUACUUGAUCGUAAUAAUUCAGCUGGAUGGCGGGAAUUACAGCAGUCUCAGUCAAGCAGUGAAGAAUUGCUAAGCAAUGCUGAGGAGUAUGCUUUAUACAUAGCAUCAACUAUUAAUGGAACUGAUGAUACGACUGUAUUUUCAGCAGAAAAUUUAGUUUUACGUGCAAGGAAAUUUUCCAGAAGUCGUUUCAAAAAGUUCUCUAAUAGCAGAUUUCCUAACAAAUCUGAUUUAGUAAAUUCUUCAGUAUCUGAUAUAACCAACAGCAUAACGAUACCAGCUGAUUAUUUAGAAGCAAGAGCUAACGAUUCCGAUGAUGGUGAUGUUAGUGUAGCUUAUAUGCUCUUUCCGUCAAUACAAGAUUUUUUACCGAGUGAUGAAAACUAUAGCAUUCCAAGUGUAGUACUGUCAGCUCAAGUCAUUACUUCUGAUGAAGAUCUAACUGGAGAUAUAGAGACAGAAUCUGUGCUAUUGGAGUCACCCAUCGAGAUCACCUUUUCAUUGGAUUUGGAUAUUGAUUACAAUGAAGACAAUGAAUCUUUAGUUUUUAAUUGUGUCUAUUGGAACUUCUCAUCAGAUUUCAAUACUACAGCAAGCAGUAGAUGGGAGUCAGAAGGUAUAGACACUUCGUUUGCAAAUGAAUCAUUUGUCAGGUGCUUGAGUUCUCAUUUGACUAAUUUUGCUGUGUUAGUGAGUGUUGUUGAUAAAGAAAGUACCACAACUAUUGUUACUAAUGGGACUGAUGCUACUGAAACUCCAACUGAACUAGAAGAUCAUCUUUUAUCAGUAUUUUCAUACAUUGGGUGCUCUGUUUCAAUCAUGUGUCUUCUAGCAACCAUUGUUUGUUUACUGACACUAAAGAAAGGUUUAUUUGAAAAGCCAGUCAAUUUUAUACACCUGAACCUCUCAAUAGCAUUACUAUUAGCACUAAUCCUGUUUGUUGGUGGAGUUGAAACAGCAGUGAAUAUACCAGAACUAUGUAAAACGAUAGCUGUUCUUGCACAUUACUUCUUUCUCUCUGCAUUCUCAUGGAUGCUUUGUGAAGCAAUUAUGCUCUACUUACUUCUUGUGGUUGUUUUCAGUCGACUUAUCAAGAUGUGGUACAUAUUUCUUAUACUGGGAUGGGGAUUACCAAUAAUACCAGUUGCUGUUACGCUUGGAGUGAGAUUUGAUGAAUACACAUCAGAACAUCUUUGUUGGCUUAAUACAAAGCAUGGUAUCAUAUGGAGUUUUGUGGGACCAAUUCUAGCAGUAAUCUGUAUUAAUACUGUUAUCCUGGUAAUUGUUCUUGUUCAAAUAGCAAGAUCAAUGCAUGCUAAGAAACGUAGAAAAACAAUAACUAAAAGAUUUAAUAAUGAACCAGAGAAGAAAAAUCACUCUGAAGCAUUUAAAAUUGCAAAAGGAAUGAUAGUUCUUUUACCUUUGCUUGGUUCAACGUGGAUCAUUGGAAUAUUCUUUGUCAGUGAAAAUACUACAGUAUUUGCAUGGCUUUUUGUGAUAUUUAAUUCUCUUCAAGGAGCAUUCAUCUUUUUCUUUCAUGUUGCAAGUGGGCCAUUGGUAUGGGGUAGGAUUCAGAAAAGACUCAAACAGAAAAAGAGAGAAAGAGAGUCCUCCAUGUAUACAACUAAGACACAUUUACCUACCAAAGUCUCUACUAUGAGUAUGACAACAGAAAACACUGUAUUGUAAAUUUCAUUUUAUUUCAUGCUGUUGUAUUGUAUUUUUAUUCCCUUCACAAUUUUAACAAAUA